CUUGAUUUAUCAUUUAGAGUAGAGAUUAAAGCAUAAACCGCUGCCAUAUAGUGGAAAGGUCAUUUUGGAAGAUCUGUCAUGGCGGACGGUGCAAUUUUUAGAGUUUGUUUUUCAAGUGGAGUGAUUUUUCUUAGGAAUAACUUGACCCCCCUUCUUAUUGGCUUAAAAGGUAAUUUAAAGCUUGUACUUUAAGAAUAUAUGUGGUUAUCAUAGCCUGCAUUCGCUCGAAGUGCCUUUAAAUGUUGUCUGAAAAUUAUACUUUUACAUUGAAUUAUAUAGGAAAUAACAAUGGUGGUGUGUAACCUAUAACAAGUCCUACUCCCACCCAGGUGAAGUACAUUGAAAUUAUAGCUUCUCUCAACAAACGAGAAAUUAAGCUCGUAAUUAUGUAACUUUUGCUGUGGAACCGUUCAAUUAAGUAGUUCGAAGUCACUGUAUAAUAAGAAAAAAACGGCAAAAGGGAGGUAACAAAGGGAUGUCACACCUGUGGUUGUCUACCUGCGAAAUGUGAAUACACCUGUGUAUUGUCGCGUGACCUACUUUUGCAGCGAAGCGGAACAUGGAACGUAGCGCCCCCUACAGAGGCUUAGUCACCCUUAAAGUGCCAGUGGUGAGGACAUUCGCAUUUCUGAAGAAUUUCUCCUCUUCUACUCCGGAGAUACUGCGACUGUUACUAUUGGAAACCAGACCAGCUCCAUGAGUUCAGCAGUACCACUAAUUCAGUGCUGUUUUUGAGAGUUUUUAAGUAUUAAAAGUGCUUCUCAUCUACAAUUUUACCAAUACACUGAUGACAUAUGACCGUUCUUAUAGCUAAGUGAUGAAAUGGGGAAAGAAAAGCUGAUUGAAAUUUGAACUCUGGUGUGGCACACUUCAGUGGGAAUUUGUUUUUAUUAGAGAUGUAAAUUAAAUUAAAGUGAAAGGCCUGGUUGAUGAUACAGUUCUUGUCAGCUGGAACUGAUUUUUGGGCAGCAUUCAGACAGCUCUUGUUAGAUAUUUGGCAAGGUUGGAAAUGCGCCACAAAUUAAGUAAAUAAAUACACAUUCAAUAUUCUUCAGCAUACACAAACUAUUCUGGAAAUGUAAGGAGUAAUAAGCGCAUAAUAAACAUUUGUGGGGGAAAAUAUAUUCAGCAGAUGGUAUGGAUAUAUAGUGUAUAACUAACUGUCAGUUGUAAUAACUGUGUCGAAAGUCAUCAGGUAUAAAUCGAUGUUUAUACCACUUAGAUUUUUUCCCUAGAAACGUGGAAGUAAAAUAAAAUCGCCAAAAUGUUGGAUCAUAGUGACCUCAUUAAUGAAAUGAACAAUGUGGAGAAGAUGACCACUCCCGAGCGUCUUAAGCAUGCGAAAAAGCGACGCUUGCAGCAGUUGAAAGGCUAUGCAAAUUAUGAAAAACAGUUAGAAAAAGAUAAAAAUAAAAAGAAUAAACAGGCUCAAAGUCUAAAACGAGCUCAAAAGAAGAAAGGACGUGUCAAAUUUAUACAUAAUGUGAUGCUUCUAGAAGCUGCGGCAAGAAACGACAUUGAAGAAGUUCGGAAGUUGUUACGAGGUGGUGUAGUUCCUGAUGUGACGAAUGAGGAUGGAUUAACCGCACUACAUCAGUGCUGUAUAGAUGACAGUGAGGAGAUGUUACGGCUACUUCUGGAGUUUGGUGCGAACGUUAACGCCCAUGAUAGUGAAAUGUGGACUCCUCUACAUGCAGCUGCCACCUGCGGUCAUGUACAUCUCUGUAAACACCUCAUCGACAAAGGUGCUGAUGUCCUAGCUGUUAAUGCGGAUGGGAACAUGCCAUACGAUAUCUGCGAAGACGAGGUCUGUCUGGACUUCAUCGAGACGGAGAUGGCUAAACGAGGAAUCACACAAGAGGAGAUAGAUGACAAACGCCUUGAGACAGAGCGACAGAUGCUGACCGACAUGGAGAAGAUUGCGGCCAAGGGCGGAAAUCUUGAAUUUAGGGAUAUACACUGGGCCACUCCGUUACAUAUAGCAGCAGCAAAUGGUUACCUCGAAGUCGUAGAAUUUCUGCUCAAUCAGCACGUGUCCCUCGAAGCUCGUGAUGAAGAUGGAUGGCUGCCAAUACACGCGGCUGCAUGUUGGCUUCAGCCUGAGGUGAUAGAACUCCUGGUCAAAAGUGGUUGUGAAAUAGACGCAAAAACACGAACUGGGGAAACGCCGUUCGAUCUUGCCGAAGACCCAGAUGUGAAACAGAAGAUUCUUGACUUAAAGGAUGAGUUGGAAAGCCAUCGAGCCAGUCGAUCGAAAGAUCACAUCAGAAAUCGGAGGACGAUAUCAACACGCGGUCAUUAUUCAAGCAAUGGGUCAUUGUAUAGUUCAAAUGGCUCCCUUAACGAACAACCCAGAUCCCAUCAGCACAGAUCAACAGGGUCAUCAAAUAGACUAAGUCUCACUGGUCCCAGUGCAUCCAUACGUCGGACAAGCAUGCGGACCGAAAAGAAGCCACUCUUCAAAAAGGAGGCACAGGAAGAAGCAAAACAUUUUGGCAUGAUCAGCGUCGAUCAGGAGUCACUCAACCACAUCGAUGAUGAUGAGAAUGUUCCAGCCACGAACAUUGAUGAUGUACGUAUCAGCAUCAUCGAUGAUGAGCCUGAGAAGCACCAGAAAGAGACAUCGGAAAAGCAAACAAGGACAGACCGCGUUGACUCUGUUAAACAAAACAAGCCUGGUCCAUCUGCUCAGAGUAACACAGGAAAGCCUGGUUCAAAACCUAGAGACUCUGAACAUGAGAGGUUGUCACAGACAAGACAACAAAACGGGGAUAAAACUUCUCAGGCUCAUACAAGGCCAGAAUCACAGAAGCCCAAGUCUGUGGAGUCUGAAAAACGAUUAUCUGACCACAGCAAGCCAGAGCCUAUUCACAUUCACAUGGUGCAGACUGAUUCGGGUAAUAAGGCAAAUUCUCGUUCACCUCAGCAAGAGCGUCAGCAGCCACAUGACGCUAAUACACAGCGACAUUCUGCUACUGAGAAACAAACUGAGCAUCGAUCACAUGACACAACUGCAAAGAAGCAGUCUACUGCUGAGAAACCAACUGAGCAUCGAUCGCAUGACACGACUGCACAGAAACAUACUGCUGCUGAGAAAAAAACUGAUCAUAGAUCGCAUGACACGACUUCACAAAAACACACUGCUGAGAAACAAACUGAGAGGUCACAAACUGGAAACAGAGGAAGCCAGUCACCUAAAUUGGCCUCUAAUCCCCAGGUCAGACAGUUACAGGGUCAAGGUACUGGGGUCAGUAGGUCAGGGUCGUUUCAGAAAAAGCGGGAAUCCCAGAGACAAAGAAUGGAACAGACGUUGGAGACGGUUGCAGAUGGUAACGAGAAUGGGCGGUUUCCAACGAGCAAUUCAACAGGAACAUUAGCAGAUCUGAAGAAGCAACGAUCAGAACAGUACAAGUUCGGCACAGGAACAGAGGGAAUGGUUGCUAACCUGUUCAUCAGCAGUUUAUCGGGGGACACAAAGAGAUACAGUUCAGGACCCCAGCACUCACCACCGAGCAAGGACAAAGUCCAAAAUGGUCAGAGUCCGCGCUCGAACAAUAAUAACAAUACGUCUGGGGGUCAGCGUCAGCCCCCAACUUUCAUAUCAGACAGUGGAGCUUUACGGAGGUUUAGUGCGCCGACCUCAUCACCUGCUGUUGGUGACGACGAUAAAUUCAAAAAUGACUGUUGUGUGAUAUUGUGACCUAGUUUUUAUUUGGAGAUUGUCUUAAUUUAACAUUAACGAAGGUUAGAUUGUAGUUUGGUUGAAAGCUGUUCAAAGUCGUUAGUCUAUUUUUGUUAACAGUUUGACAAUUUUUGUUUCUGAAGACAUGCAUUGUGAUAAACUCAACAGUAAAUCAAUUAAAGUAAAGCAUGAUUUUAAUUUGCUUAGAUAUAUUAGCUUAAAGCAUAAUUUUUAAAUUGAAGGGUAAAGGCAAAAAUGUAUGAAGUUACAUUUGUCUAGAUGAAGACAGGUGAGCAUUAUGACCCGCAAUUUAAAAAACAGCUGGAUGGAUCUGAAACUUUAAAAGGAGAUUGAACCCCACAAUAUUCUAGGCAAGCCUUUAUAGAUUCCCAAACAAUAGCAAUGAUCAUGAGUAAGUAAAAUCAUAAUUUAAAUUGAUAAUUAUGUAAAAACGUUCGGUACGGCAUCAGUUAUUACUUCUUCAAAAAUCUCCUAACAGUCUAUUUGAGCCUAGGAGAUAAGUUGCUAUAGUUAUAACUUAUUCUAAAGGCUUUAAAAAGAGAUUCCUGGCUUUAAUUUUCAAAUACUUUUGUGAGAUAUUUGUCUCAUUACAUUUUGAAAUUAAUCGAAUUAUAAAAUGCUCCAUGUUACGCUGUUAUGCCAAAUGUUAUGCUGUUAAGCUUACAUUAAAGGGCAAACCCUUGAUCCGCGAUAGUAAUACUGUAGAUUUUUAAAGUCUGUUUGGCUAAUUUCUGCCAAUUUAAGUUACACGUGACAAUGUAUAAAAGUAUGUGUCUUUGAAAUGAAAAAAACAACUCAAUUUUGAAAUCUGUUCGUCAACAGAAUAAGCCUCUCUAAAAGCGUAAGCAUAAGUUGUAAUCCAUAACCAGAACGAGGCUGACUUAUAUUCCAGAAAAAAUUGUUUGAUUCUGCAAUUUGAAACCAGUUGUUUAAAAUUUGUAAGCUGCUUUGUAGAUAACGGUCUUUACAAUCACUGCUUAUCAUUUAUUUCUCUUAUUAUUUUGUUAGCAUAGAGAGUUUAAUAUAGUUCCUAAGAAAUUACUAAAAACUUUAUCUUUGAGGUCCUUUCCUUACGAUUUGUUGUUCUAAUUAUUUGCACAAGGUCUAGUGUUCGUGAUAUUAAUUAUUUGUGUAAACAUAUACACUGCUACUGUUGUGUUUUACGUAUGAUUUCCAAUUUGCAGGCGAUGAGUACUGGAAAUAAAUGAAGCUAUGGCAUUCUACUGAACACAGAAAAAUAUGUUUUGUACAGCUUCCGCAUGUAAUAUAUAGAUUAUUUUGGGAUCUAGUGCACAAAUUUAUACAAUUUUUAGGCUUGUUAGGACUAACCGUUUUUUAUCAGGAUUUUUUUUAUGAAAAUGAAUACUUCUAUUUAUUAUAACAUUAUAAUAAUUAUGUUUGAGAAUUUAUGUAUAGCAAUUUUUGUGUUCAUUGAAUAAAUCAUUUUGUAGUAAUAUAAAGGUACAUGUAUGCUUAUGAUAAUAUUUGGCCGAUCAAGUGCAGACAUUUUACAUGACAAAAUUCCUUGCUUAUGGGGCUGUGAAAAUCAUUUUCAAAUCUGUUGCUCAUGGUUAUUUUUUUGUUUCUGUUUAUUUCAAAAUAUAUACAUUCCAAUUGUACAUUUCUGUAAAAAAACAUAUUUAUAUUUGAAUACUUUUGCACCUUAAAAUAGAUUAUUUGUAUUGGCUGUACAAGACGUGGUGAUACAUUAGAGUUAGUUAAUGAAAUAUAUUAAUUGUUUAUAUGUUUUAAACAGUUGCUUUUUACAUUCACAACAAUACAUUUCCCAUAUUUUAGUUGUAAAUAUGAUACGUAGAGUGGGUCACAUAAUUUGUUUAUAAUCAGUACUCUUUCAGGCAUUUAAAAAUAUGAAACUGUGAUAAUUGAACAGAAAGGCAUCCCGUCUGAGGCAUUUUAACGAGUUGCAACUUAAUUUGAAGCCCUCGAACGAGGUUAUAAAUAUCUUCAUAGCUUUUAUAAACAAAACCCUACAUAAUUCUACACCUUAGAGUCCUUAAAAAAAUGUUUUUUUGUAAACAUUAAUUUUUAACACAUUUUCAUCGCAUAAAAUGUUAUAUUGUCUUUAUAAAUAUGCUUUCAAUCAGGUGAAUGUAUUGUUGACUUUAUGUUCCUCAGUUAUAUCUAGAAUGCUAUAAUAAAGAGCCACAAUUUGUACUUAACAUGCAUGUAAUUGGGGAGCAUUAGUCAGUUGCAGUGACUCGUGUUAGUGUUGGACGUACAUGUAUAUAUCAUUGCCGCAUUAGGAAGUUGCAAUAACGACUUUUCAUUUUCAUAUUUUGAUAGCUGAAAUCUGUUUUAAUACUUAAAUAGUUUAUAUCUUAAUAUCAUAGCUUUAGUCAUUUGUGGGAAUGUUUUGUAUAUUGACAGAUUCACUGUUAGGUGCAGAAAAAAUGAUGACAUGGCAUUCAACAUAUCAACAUAUCAUAAAUGCAUAAUUUUCCAUUAUGUCAGUUGUUUUUGCUGUUAUACUUUGAAAAUAUGAGUUGAAAAUGCAUGCAUACAUAUUAUUCACAUGAAGUAUUAUUCCUCAAAAUUACCAUUGUUUACUUUUCACAUUGUUGUAUAUUUACUGUAACUGUAAUCAAAAUUGUCAUUGGUAUACAAGCUUUUUACCAUGUACUUGUGUACAGAAAUAAAUAAAUGGAUUUACAUUCAUAGAAUUAAUGAGAAAGCCCAGCCAAUGGUAUACAACUUGAUAUGUUAUCCACUGGUUAUAUUUUGGCAAGUUUGCACAUACAAACAAUUUGAUUGGCUAACAGUAAUUGGAUAAAUUAUUGAAUACCGUAAAUAUUGACCAAUCGCUUAACAAUUUGGCUAGCUUUUAACCAAACAAAUGAAUUAAUUUGGUUGUUGUUCAGUUGUUUCAUAUUGCUGCUGCAGCCUUCUCAUUAUUUUAAAUUAUUGAAAAAUAUUUUGAACAUUUUACUUUUUGAGAGUAGAGUUAGUCUUAAAGUAAGAUUUUCUCGGCUUAGUAUAAAAAAACUGUUUUUUAAUCAUGUUGAAACAUUUACAAAGACACGUGUGUUUACAUAUUGCUUGGUUAUUUAUUGUACCGUAUUUACUUCUAACAUUAUCUACAAACUAUUGAAUGACUUUGGUGAAUGUUCAUAUUCUGGUGAACUGUUUCAUACAAAAUUAGAAACCUAGUUUUCCAGUGAAAAUAAAAAAUAUUGUCAUCAUACUUUUAUAUUAAUCAUCAGAGGAAUUCAAGAAUUACUUAUGACUAAAAUGUUCUAGAAACAUAGUGAUACCUGUAUAAAUAUCUCAAUAUUUUUUGCUUCCUUAUAAUCUACUUCCCAUGUGAUAUUAACAUGUUGUUUGUUGGUGUCCACUCGUUUAUAUCAAUUCAAAGACAUUUUAAUUCUAUUUACACAACAGCAGUCAGUUAUAUGAAACCAUGAUAAUCAUCGGCAUAUUAUACUUUGGCUGGUUUGCACAUUUAAAUGAUUUGAUUGGUUAAUCUAAUUAACUUGGAUAAAUAUUGACCAAUCAAUGAAGGUUUUGGCCAUUUUUGACCAAACCAAAGAAUUAACCAGUUUUAUACACAAUUAUUGCCUGCUGGAUGUCAUUUGUUGACAUACAAUGUGGGUUUUUAUGUUUGAUAUGAAUGGCACUAUUUACAAGUGAGUUGAACUCAAUUCUUAAUAUGUUAUUUUUCAAAACUUGAUUUAAAGGCAUUUCCAAUCAGUUAAAUGAUGAUAGCAACAUACGGUAAUGUAAUAUGCACCAUACAUGCCCUCAUAGCUGGCCGGGGUUGGGUGGAGUAGUUUUUUCAUGGGUACUUUUCAUGAUGCUGCAACUUGGACAAUGCUGUACCUCACUCAAACCUUUUUAUAAAGGCUGAAAAUGUCUCUGAUAUCAUCACUUUGGUAGCUACUUGUUAACAGUGCACAUGCUGAGGUCAUAGAUAUCCCUACUGUAUGACUAGGUCACAUAUAACCAUUAUUAUUAUUAACAAACUAAGAUUAACAUAUUCAGUUUGCAGCGGACUAAAAAUAUUGAUACAUAUAUGGUAUUUAACACUAUUUUUGAUAAUGCGCUUUGUUGAUUUUUAUGUGACAUUUGUUGAACUGUCUCAGAGCCUGCUAUACAUUAACCAGAGAGUUAUUAUUGAAAUACAUUGAUACAUUCAGAACCAUUGAAACUCAUUAGGAAACAAUUCUUAAAGAUGUCAAACCUUGCACUGUGAAUUCAGUAAGUUUUGUUGUGGUCUAAUAUGUGUGCGUUUCAUGCUUUAUAUUUAUUAUAAUAAUUAUAUUCAGAAAUUUCUGUUUUAGAAAAUAUGAGAAGCAGUUGCUAUUUGAAUGUUAUACGUGCAGAAAUGUUCCAGUUUUAACUUUGCAAAAUAAUUGAUUCAUUUCAUUGAUAAAAAAAUUAAAUCAUGCAAAAUUAAUGCUUUGUCAGUUUGCACUUAUAAAGUAAGCGUGAUGCCAAAUCACUUGUAUAAAUUUUAUUUACUCUUCUAUAUGAAAUUAUUUUUUGUUUUUAUUGGUGAAACUUAAAACGGCAUUUUCUUCCAUGUUAUAAAUAGAAUUUUGUGAAGAGCUCUCCAAGAUUAUUUUCUUUUUUAAUCUCAUGAGGAUAUAAAAGCAAGUAAUAGCCUGAUGUGUCUUAUUGUGUCUGAGUGUUCUGUAAUAAUCUUGUUGUUAUGUCCCCUGAGGUGGUCAUAGAUAUAUAUUUGUUGUAGGUUAAUUCCAAUCCCUGAAGAUUGACUUAAAUUUGCGAGAUCCUUUUGCGUGUAAAAUUGACAUGAUCCUUUCCUAUAUUAAAUUUGCAAGAUCCUUUUUAUUUUUGGAUCAUUUUGGCAGGGUCUAGUGUUUUAAUGAAGUGGUGUUUCCAUCAAAACAAUAGGUUUUUCAAAACAAAAUCAAAGUUGUUAAAUAAUUGAAUUAAAAUAUUAGCAAAAAUAAAACUCUCGCAAAAUUGAAACAGUCUUCAGUAAUAUGAAAUUUUACUGAUAUCGGACUUCAGGGGACGUUGUCAUGAAACUAUGACAUGUAUUGUUUUGUUUUUUAUUUUAAUCAUUAUCAUAGAUAAAAAUGUGAAGAUAUUUGGAUAUUUGAAUACUACAUUAUGAGCACAAAGAAUAAACUGAUAUAUAACUAUA